AUGGACAGGUUUUUCAUGCCUCUUGUCGUUCUCAUUGUUGGGGUCUUGUUCUUUUGCAUGGUUGAGUCUCAAGCUCAACUUGCACCUGCUUUGUACGUAUUUGGAGACUCAGCUGUUGUUUCCGGCAACGAUAAUAAGCUAAACACAAAUGGAAAAGCAAAUUAUGCACCUUACGGCAUAGAUUUUCCUGCCGCCGGACCGACGGGCAGGGCCACAAAUGGAUUCACCAUUGCUGAUUUCGUUGCUAAAUCGCUGGGUUUACAAAGCCCCCGACCGUUCUUGGUUGUGAAUACUAGAACAGACAGAUCCUACGAGGGUUUUAACUAUGCAUCUGGCCUGGCUGGGAUUCGUUCUGAAACUGGCACUGCUGAUCAUGGGGUAACGUUGAGCAUGGAGAAGCAAAUCGAGUUGUUUAGAAAGACAGUUGAAGAAUAUUUGCCAUCGCAUUUUGGAGCAGCUGAGCUCCGGAAAUACUUGUCAAAGUCUAUUUUUCUUGUUAUUGUUGGCAGCAACGAUUAUUCCCACAACUAUCUUUCAAAUCAAUACAAGAGCAGUCAGAUUUAUGAUAUGAAACAAUUUUCUGACCUCCUUCUCGACAAUCUCCAAAGCCAAUUACUGGAUAAUUUGUAUCAUUUAGGAGCAAGAAAAUUUGUGGUGUUUGAGAUGGAUGCAAUGGGGUGUGAACCGGGUUUCCUAGAAACAGUAAAACCAAGUAAAUGCGGAAAAAGAGUGAAUUCUUAUGUAGAAACUUACAAUCACAAGCUGGGAGUUAUGCUUCAGAGAGCGGCCAAAUCUGUCAGAAACGCAACUUUCGUCCUGGGAAAGAGGUACCAAUUGAUGAACGAUUUGGUGGCAAAUCCUACUCGUUUUGGGCUAAGAGAUUCAGCAAACCCAUGUUGUUCGGUUUCAAAAUCUGGGCUGUGUGUUCCAAACAAAGCUCCAUGCCAAGACAGGAAAUCACGUGUCUUUUUCGAUGCAAUUCACCCAACAGAAGCAGUAUACAAGACAAUUGCUGCUCAGUGUUUUAACGGCGACGGCCUAUGCGUUCCAAUGAACAUCCAACAACUUACAAAGAAAUAG